AUGUACAGAAACAGAGAUGGCCGCCCGCGAGGCGCCGGAAUCCUCAGCGCCCUGCAGGCCACCGAGAUGGUCGAUUCGAGGUCGAAGCUCCCCGCAGAGAUCCUCGUCGCCAUCCUUGACUACUUGCCUGUUGCCGACCAGCUGCGGGUGGCGCGCACCUCUCGGCGGCUGCAGGAGAUGGUCUACGACGACACGAGGUGGGUGUCACGCCUCAAGAGCAUGGGCUGCUGGGACGAGCGCGAGGCCCGCCGCCGCUUCGAGGAGUCCGUCAGACGCAGGCGAGAGGCGGCAGAGCGAGCCGUCGGCCAGGCCAACGGGGCCUUGGCCAAGGAUGCAGCCGCCACCCUCUUCGACGCCUCGGUCGAGGAGCAGAGACGCAAGCGCCCGACCUCGGAGCUGCGCGACGGCUUCGAGACCAUGAGCCUGAGCGGCACCCCCGCCAAAGUCCUGGCCCAAGACGCCGACUCCUACCUCGAUGUCUUCCGGGGCGUGAGAAGCGUCAGGGGAGGCGCAAGGCAGGAAUACGGCAAAGUGUACGGGGCACUGGCCCCUUUCUACUUUGACGUGGUCAGGGCCAAGAGCCACGCGGAUCCCAUCAUCUUCAAGGCCUUUCGCGAUCCCGAGCGACAGGCCCGCAUGCUCGCCAACCUGCGCCGGUUUGCCAGGAGCGACUGGUCGGCCGGCUGCAUCGAUCGCGAACAGAGGCUCGACUCCAUGAUGAGCAUAUUUGAAGCCGCCGUCGUGCGCGAGUUUGACCAAGGCUACGAGCUUUGGGACGUCGACGGCAACAUGAAGCGCUACGCCCACGUCUUGCACACCCUCAACGGCGCUCGCGGUGCCAUCGACAUCUUCAUCCAGAAGCACCCCAUCUUCGACGAUCGCGACCUGGCACCCAACCCCGUGGAUUGCAUCAACCAGGGGACCAACGACGAGGUCUCCCUCGAGCCGUCGCGCCGGUUCUUCGGGGCCCUGCUGGCCAAGGUCAACGACCAAGCCGGCGUCGUCGAGCGCAUUUUCCCCGACCCGGCGGCUGUCUUUUGGGAGUUUGUCCAAAAAGUCACGGGCGACCUUGUCAUGGAAUACACGACGCCGCUCUUUGACGAGUGCCAUGAGCGGAGCAUCAUCGCGUACCUGAGAGCCGUGUCGGGCGUCUUUGAGCAGACGACGCGCCUCUUCCAGUCACUGAUGCCUCCGCAGACAACCCCCGAGGACCUUGCGGCCAAGGCCAAGGAGCUUUUGAUGCGCGUAUUCGAGCCGCACCUGGAUCUGUAUCUCCAGGAGGAGCUCGACUUCUUCACCAAGAAUGCCGAGCUCGAGGUGUCGCAGUGGGAGAAGAAGCUGUCGGAGCAGGACCUGUCUCUCGAGUCGUUUUACAUGUCCAACAUCAACCGCUCGGCGGAGAAGAAGGACUUUUUGAGCUCCUUCAAAAAGGUCGUCAUGAUGCCCGUCUCGGUCCUGCCCAGCUUCCCCAUGGGCUCGUCCCAAACGACAGCCAAGUCGGCGGCUGCAUCUUCGGCCACGGCCAGCGCCGCCGGGUCUCGGUCGUCGACUCCCAUGCCGCUCCGGCCCGAGACGCCGGGCGUGGGCGGGAGAGCCAACCCGCUGCCCGGCAAGGCGCCGACGGACGAGCUGGCGGCCAAGGCGGCCAUCGUGGCCUCCAAGCUCGAGGGCAUCAAGUCGCUCUGCAGCAUCGAGGUGGCGCUGACGCUGGUGCACAUGGCCAAGACGAGCCUCGGGCGCGCGGCCGUCCUCAUCCCGCUGGGGGGCCAGGUCGGCGGCGAGGCGCGGGAGCAGUGCGCCAACAUGUUUGUGGUGCUGCUGCGCAUCCUGGGCCAGCGGCACGUCAAGAGCGGCUUCGACACGGCCGUCGGCCACCUGUCGCACUACAACCCGCGCGACGUGAGCAACCACGACCAAAAGGGGGUGGCGCCGCUGGUGACGUUUAUCGAGCUGGUCAACGUGGGCGACCUCAUCUCGCAGAUGAUUGACGUCUUUUACGAGCAGCAGCUGGUGGGGCCCAAGGUGGCGGACAAGAACGACUUUCUCGACCCGGCGGGCCUGGCCAAGAAGAAGUUUGAGCAGAUGCUCGACGAGAGCGUGGCGGCGGGCCUCAACAAGGGCAUCGACGUGCUCAUGGACGAGGUCGAGUACCUGCACGGGACGACGCAGCUGCCGACAGACUACAACCCGCCCGCGACGGCGACAAUGGCCACGGCGUCGACGACGUCGUUGGGCGAAAAGGCGACGGCAGCGGCGGCGGCACCGUCCUCGGAGCCGGACAUUGGGCCCACGGCGACGGCGCGGCGCAUCGUGGAGCUCGUGUCGCAGCACACCGGGAUGCUGGUGGGCACGACGGACAAGGCCAUGCUCGACGUCUUCAACGGCGAGGUCGGCCAGCGGCUCUUCACGGCCAUCUGCAAGCACCUGAAGCGGCAGCGUGUCAGCACCGAGGGCGCCGUCAAGCUCAUUGCCGACAUGAACCUGUACGCCGACUACGUGCGCGGGCUGCGCAACCCGGACCUGCUGGCCUACUUUGCCGCCCUGCGCGAGCUCAGCCAGAUCUUCCUCGUCGACGCCGCCCACGCGCGCGACCUGGCCGCCGUCAUUGCCGACGCGGACCGCUUCGGCGGCGUCUUUCGCGCCGAGGAGGUGUACGAGUAUGCGCAGCGCAGGGCGGAUUGGUACCACGUGCGGCGCAGCGUGGAGAGGGCCAUGUAUGGCAUGGAGUGUUGUGUCAUGUAA